AUGACAAGCGCUACAGCAUCAUCCAAGGCCACAAAAACGGUCACGGACGACGAUAUUUACCGGCAAUCGUCGCAGUUCAAAAAAUGGUCGUUUACGCCGACGCAACUGGCAGCUAGACGGCUUCAAACCAACACCAACGGCCGCGAGUUUGUCAAACAGUCGUUUCUAGCGGCGGAUCUCGAUCCCGCCAUGGCCAAAAUCCUCUCUGUUGACGAGGAACUUACCAUGGUCAAUUACAUGUGUUCUCAGAGCGAGGGAAUUGCCCAAGUUCUCAAUCUACCUUCUAAAGUGAAGGCAACAGCUGUACUCUUCUUCAAAAAGUUUUUCCUCAUCAACUCCGUCAUGGUGUACAGUGACCCCGUCAAGGUCUUGCAUACGUGUUUCUUUUUGGCCACCAAAGCCGAGAAUCACUUCUUUUCCAUCAACCAGUUCUGCAAAUACACUGGAGCGGUGGCCAAGGACGUUUUGCAACUCGAGUUUGUGGUGAUGCAGUCGAUGCUGUUUUCUUUGAGCGCCCAGAGCGCAUACACUCCCUUGCAUGGCUUCUAUCUCGACAUCCAGACGUCGCUGCCCCACGUUCCUGCCUCGACAGUCGGGUCUCUGUACGAUGGAGCCAGAAAGUACGUGUCUCUGAGCUUUCUAACCGACGCAAAUUUCCUCUUUACCCCUCCGCAAAUCUCGCUCGCGGCCAUGAUGUGCACAAAUAGCCAGAUAACCGAGCAGUAUUUGCGAGUGAAGAUGAGCGACCCAGCGCAGUUCAACCUGACCACAAAGCUGGUUCAGGAGUGCGUUGACAUGCUGCAAAAGGUGGACAAGCCGACCAAGGAGUAUGUGCAGGAGAUUGGAAAGAAGCUGCGGUCGUGUGACGUGGAGAAAACCAAGGCGAGAUUGCUGAAACGCAAGCUUAAGGAGCAGGGAGAGGGCGACGCAAAGAAGCAGAAGCUGGACUCGGAAACUCCUCAGCCUCCAGACAUGUCCAAUUCCGCUUCUACUGAGCCUGCAUCCGCAGAGGCUUCUGCUUCGGCGUCUGCAUCGACAACAGAUGCUUCUGCUCCGGCGUCGGCGUCUGCGUCUGCGUCCACUGAACAGUCCUAA